UUUCUGUUACUAUGGCCAUGACAGCAGGGACUACAGCAACCUUUCCUAUGAGCAACCAUACCCGAGAAAGAGUGACUGUGGCCAAGCUCACAUUGGAGAAUUUUUAUAGCAACCUAAUUUUACAGCAUGAAGAGAGAGAAACCAGGCAGAAGAAAUUAGAAGUGGCUAUGGAAGAAGAAGGAUUAGCAGAUGAAGAGAAAAAGUUACGCCGAUCACAGCAUGCUCGCAAAGAAACAGAGUUCUUACGGCUCAAGAGGACUAGGCUUGGCUUGGACGACUUUGAAUCUCUGAAAGUUAUAGGAAGAGGAGCUUUUGGAGAGGUGAGGCUGGUCCAGAAGAAAGACACGGGUCAUAUCUAUGCAAUGAAGAUAUUGAGAAAGGCUGAUAUGCUUGAAAAAGAACAGGUGGCACAUAUUCGAGCAGAAAGAGAUAUUUUGGUAGAAGCAGAUGGUGCCUGGGUGGUGAAGAUGUUUUACAGUUUUCAGGAUAAGAGGAACCUUUAUCUAAUCAUGGAAUUUCUCCCUGGAGGUGACAUGAUGACCUUGUUAAUGAAGAAGGAUACCUUGACAGAAGAGGAAACACAGUUCUACAUUUCAGAGACUAUUCUGGCCAUAGAUGCAAUCCACCAGUUGGGUUUCAUCCAUCGAGAUAUUAAACCAGACAACCUUUUAUUGGAUGCCAAGGGACAUGUAAAAUUAUCUGAUUUUGGUUUAUGCACGGGAUUAAAGAAAGCUCACAGAACUGAAUUCUACAGAAACCUCACUCACAACCCACCAAGUGACUUCUCAUUUCAGAACAUGAACUCAAAGAGGAAAGCAGAAACGUGGAAGAAGAACAGGAGGCAGCUGGCAUAUUCCACAGUUGGGACACCAGAUUACAUUGCUCCAGAAGUCUUCAUGCAGACUGGUUACAACAAACUGUGUGACUGGUGGUCCCUGGGAGUGAUUAUGUAUGAAAUGCUAAUAGGCUAUCCACCUUUCUGCUCUGAAACUCCUCAGGAAACGUAUAGAAAAGUGAUGAACUGGAAAGAAACGUUAGUAUUUCCUCCAGAAGUACCCAUCUCUGAGAAAGCCAAGGACUUAAUUCUCAGAUUUUGUAUUGAUUCUGAAAACAGAAUUGGGAAUAGUGGAGUGGAAGAAAUAAAAGGCCAUCCCUUUUUUGAAGGUGUAGACUGGGGGCACAUAAGGGAAAGGCCAGCAGCAAUCCCUAUAGAAAUCAAAAGCAUUGAUGAUACUUCAAAUUUUGAUGACUUCCCUGAGUCUGAUAUCUUACAGCCAGUGCCAAAUACCACAGAACCAGACUACAAAUCCAAAGACUGGGUUUUCCUCAACUACACCUACAAGAGGUUUGAAGGGUUGACUCAGCGUGGCUCUAUCCCCACCUACAUGAAGGCAGGGAAAUUGUGAUUGAGAUCCACUGCGCCCACAACCAUGAGCACUCAGGUAGCUGCACCCCAGGCCUGCUCAGCACAGAUCUCCAGACCCUGAAGUCUCCCGAGGACAGUGGUGCUCAGUGACGACAGAGGAAAUUCUACAGGACUAGGGUUUCUCAGACUACUACAGGAAGAGGUUGGCAGUGCCAGCUGGCUUUUUUUUUUGUAAUAUUUUUAUUAUUUUUUGUUAACUUUAUUAUAUAAAGGUACUAGAAUAAAGAAAUGUACAUCCCUGUCUGACUGCACUGCCUGCCUGCAUAUUGAGGUCCAUCCUGCCUGUGUGUGCUCUGGCUUUGGACUGGGACUCCUCUGAUUGGUUCAGGAGAGGCACAGCUGGCAGCAUAGGCCCGCUGUAGGCAGCACUGCAGCACUGCUAUUUCCCUGCAAGUCUUAUGGGUCUAGAUACAUCAGUAAAAGCCAUCUUCCACAGCUGGUGUUAGAACCUUUGCCUAUUGGUUUGGACAACUGUAGAAAAUAUAUGAAGACAAUUUCUGUAAUGCUUUUAAGAAAUUCAAAAAGAAGUACACUGGUUCUUUAAAAAUAGAAUUUAUCAUCAAGUUACUACACAAAUGGCACAGUAGGGAGUGAAAACUUUCCAUUAAGGCAUUUUAUUUUGCAUUCAUAAAUACUAAUGAUAUACAUAGUCUGUGUAGUCAUAGGGAGAUGUACUGUAUUAUGUAAACUGUAAAAUUGCUUUGUUUGUGAAAAGAGGACUUUGGUUUUUUUUUAACAAGACAUGGCAUUAUUUUAAUUCAAUUAUGGUGAGUUGAAUUUGAGAAAUGGCCAUAAAGGCUGCUUUUAGAACCUAGUGUAUUUUUAUUAAGCUAUUUUUUUAAAUGUCAAACUUCUGAUCAUGUAAAUGAACUUGUAAGAACAAAGAACUCUAUGUACUUUGGUUUUCUAGAAAGUUGCUACAUAUCAUGCCCAGUUAGUUUUUCUUUCUUUGGGUGAAAAAUCUUCCUUUGAUAGUACUUGUCUUAUUGUGCCAUUAUUUUCUUCUGCUCCAAAUGUACCAAAGAUCCAGGACAGAGUUGAUGUUCCCAGCCGGGUGGAAUUGUGCUCUCCUGUGGGAAUGCUGUGUCCAGAUGUGACAGGUCUUCAAUAGGUCUCCUUGUCCAGGCAGUGCUGUCAUGUGGUUGAUCACUGUGGUUGGUACCGAAGGAAGUCCAUGCAUCCCCGAGGGUGUGAUUAGGAGAUGGGGGCAUGAUGUCAGCAUCAAAGUCUUUGGGUAUUUCCUAAAAAAUAAUCUUUGCUUGCUCAACAUUUUAAUUCUAAAACAAUUUUCCAAGAUUUGGACUUCAUAAGUUCUAGUUGAGGAAUUAUACUUUAUUGAAGAAUGAUCUAAUUUAUAUCUCAAAGUUAAUUUAUAGAAUUACAAUUGGUCUGUGAUCAAAACCUUUAAUGAUGGUUUAUUUGUAGCAGUGUCUUCCUAGGGGGAGGAUUACCUAGGAGCAUGGUGCAGAGCUACAGGAGCUUGUAUAAAUGUUGCACUAGGUAAUGCAAUAGUGUAUCAGUGAGACCGCAGGGUACCCUUCCUUUUGAUUUUUUCAGUAUUUGUUGAGUCCUUACUUUGUGUUCCUCUACUGGCUUACCUUCAUUUUCCUAUUGUGGAUCACAUGGCUACAUGUUUAGAAGGAUCUAUGAAAACUCUGGGGUUAUCUCAAUUGGACUGAUUCUCCUAACCCUAACUGCUUUUAAUUUUUAAAAAAAUCUUUAACUUUUGCUGGGGUUUUAGGAGAUUUUCUUGCUCUAGCUCAUCCCUUGUUUAAGAGGAAUUUUAAUUAGUAGAGGUCCCUGGCUAUUGGACACAUUUAAAAUGACUGUUUUAUGUAAAUUUUUUUUCUCUUUUAAAACAACUGCUUUGCUAGUGUGAUAGUGAAUAUGUAAGAUAUGAAGAAAUUGCAACAUUCUCUAGUUCAAGUAUGGUAGCUCUUCUAGUACCAAAAAUAUCAUUAAUUCGGAUGGACUGAGAGCUUGAGAUUAGUGUAAAGGAGCUGCAUUACCCAAGUUUACUUUUUGAUUGUGUAAGAAUGGAGCAUUUCAGUUUCAGUUUCCUUAUUAUCAGAAAGAAGUUGGAAAUGGGUAUGAUUUUUUUGGCACGGGGAGGGAAACUGUGGAAAGUUUGUUUGGAGUCUAAUUCUUCCUUGGCGUCAAUGGAGUGACCCACAUCUCUAGGGAUUUCUCUCAUCAAAAGCAUCUCUCAAGUGCCUAUCUAAAAGCAGUGAAAGACUGUACCUGCCCUUGGAAGCUAAGAUUUGAUUCAUGAUGCACAUUAACCAGAUGAUUUGUAAAUUAACUUUGAGGUUUACUUUUCUCUAUUACACAUUUCCCAUAUUUCAGGUGAAUUAUUUAAUUUAAAUGGCAAAACCGUAUCUAAUUAACUGAGCAUAUUGACAUUUUCUUUAAGUUAGACUCUAUGUUGAAUUAAAAGUUUUAAUAUAAAUGUUGUUUUUGUUUUUCUAACUAUGUAGAAAGCUUGUUUAUUCAGAUUUAUUGAUUUCCUGAUUUAAUGUAGACUUUUUUUAUUAAACAUUUUUGUAUUAAAGCAAAUUAUAUUUUUCUUUUAUGCACUUAUUAUUACCAUAGCUUUAAAUCUUUAAAUGUAUUAAAGCAUUGUACUCUCUGGAAAUACAGAAUUGCUUUUAAGCCAGCCACUUCUAAAUGAAAUGUAUAGCUGAUCUAAUGAGCUAGUUAGUUUAAUAGAAAAAUACCAAAUGUGGACUAUCAAAAGUAUUCUUUGCUGAGGCAUAUGGUAGGGUUUCAUUUGUUUCCCUAGUGGCAUCCUUUUGUUUUUCAAACUCCUGCAUAUCUUUGUGUAAAGCUGUAAAUUUUAACAUAUUUGAAGUAUAUUUACUUUUGGUGUUUUAGUGUAGAAAACCUCUUUAGAUAAUCAGUCUCUACUGGUAAGAGAAAUAGCUUCUGUCUUUUGAUGGUCUACAAGUACAUUAAUGAUUGAGAUUUUAAUCCACAGUCAUCUCUCACUACUAGAAACAUUCUGUCUGAAUUGUUAAAAAUUCAGAACAUUCAAAAUGACUGUUUUGCUACAACCAUGGUUAUUUGCUGUUUUCUUUAUUUAAAAUUUACUUUCUCUUAGAAGUGCACUUAUUCCUGAAAACUCUUAAUGGAACAAACAUUUAGAACAAAUAGAAAUAUAAGACACUUGGGACUAUUAAGAGAUAUUUUAGAUUUUUUGUGACAAUGUGAGAGGAGAUAUUGCUGCUUUAAAGAAGAAUAAAGUAAUAAAAAUAUAUCAUAGUUAUUUUUUUAAAAGCAAUAUAAUCCAGCAGUUGUCUUGAGAAGUAAUCAUCAGGCUGUGGAGUUCAGCAUUUCCAAUUUUGUUCUGGUGGCAUGAGGGCUUUUUCACUGAAGGUAAGACAAGAAUAAAAACUAUGUUUACAAAA